AAACUUCCUUCGGUUUCGGCGCCUUCAUUACAAGAACACUCGAAGUCCGCUUAUAUUUCACUCAGGGAUAACUGUCGAAACUAUUUACAGCACGGCCAGAUAUAUUUCGUUGAUCUUUCAGUUCGAUUCAUUAAGAAUUUCUCUCUCUGUGCUGCUGAUUUCACUAGAGCUUCCUACAAUUGCGUUUGCGUAGUUCUAACGUUUAUAAAUCCACAGCUUCUGCGCUUAGCCAGAGGGGUUUUUUCUUGACGAGCAGUACACCCAAGUACGUUUCAGAUUUUUCUUUUUUCCGCUGUAGAUAAUGUAUUAUAAGGAAUUGCGCGAGACGCUGAAGCAGGCUAAAGAUUUGAAAAUGCAGAUCUGUUGUGAGGCCAAGAAAAAGAAUUGUAGGCGGAGGAGGAGGGUUGGGAAAAGGGCUUCCAGGACUAAUGCCGCCUGCUCAAUGGGGCGGAAACGAAUUGCGGUGAAUUCUUUUGCUUCUCAUGAAAAAUCUGCUGAAUUUUUCUCAGGAGGAGGGAGAAAUUUGUUUACCCGAGUGGGAAAUAGUUCCCCUGUUAUUGGGGAAAAGAUGAAUUUGGCGAGUGAAACGGACAUUGAAUCUCUGCCGUUGGAUAUCUUGGUCCAAAUUAUUUGUAAUUUUCAUCAUGAUGAAGUCAAGACUCUCUGCCUUGUCUCACGCAAAUUCAGAGAAGCGGUUGUAAUUGCUAGACAGAUGCACUUUGACUUCUCUACACCAGUACGUGUGCGAGCCACUAAACGUAGAUUAAAUUCUUUGAUGCCCCAUGAAAGUUCAAAAGAUUGUGCAAGCUCUUUUGGAGGGUUCGAAAGUUUGUGUGAUUCAUGUUCAACGCCUGCAACACCUAAUGCACCAAAGCAAGUGAGCAAAUUUCAAAAGACACGAUUAGCCUUCGAAGAAAUGAAGGAAAUGCCUUCAUUGCUGUUUUACCCGGGCACUCCAGCCAAGUAUGAUGAUGAAAAACUAUUAAACCAGAAUCAUUUUUUGAGGUCCAGAGGCUGUAUUACAAACAGAGUUUUGUUUGUUGAGGAUGAGCUUUGCGAUGCAGUGGCCCGAAACCGAAUUUAAUUUUGUUCUAUAUGUGGAGUUUCACUUCUUAGUUUUGUGUCACAGUAUACCAUACUCAGAAACCAUGGCAUUCGGCCAUAAAUUUUGUAUCAGCUCUAUUUAGCAUUUAUUGUAGUUACAUCUGUAUAUGAUACGGAUCAAUCUCACUUCUUGUGAGCUAUCCAUGACAUUCUUUUCGUUCCUGUAUAAAUUGGGUAUUGAGUCCCAUGACUGUCAUCUGUUUGAGGUCUUCAACAUAACAAUUUUAAAUUGUUUAGCAGGUCAAAGAUCGUGCUCAAUCAAUAAUUCUUUGUACACACACUAAAGCGUUUAUAAAUAAAUGUUUUGAAUUAUUUGC